AUGACGACUCCAGAGCCUAGUGCAGAGGCUGAACCUUCUCCACUCCAUCAGGAGUGCCCGGCUAAGACUUCAGGUCCCUCUGAGCAGGUUGAAUUUUAUCUAAUCCAAUCCCAUCCCUAUUCCCAAACUCCAGAUUCCCUUGAGAAUAUUGAAUAUGAUGUAGCCCAGCAAGAGGCCACAGCUCAGAGUACAGAUCCUCUUAAGGAGGUCAGCCUUUCUCCAGUGCAACAGGAGGCCCCUGCUGGACCACCAGAGAACUCUAAGGAUGUUGAACCAUCCAACGAGGAGACUCCAGGUCUGCAACUAGAACGCCCUAAAGAGGCUGAACCUUCUCCAGUCCCCCAGGAGGGUGCAGCUCCACCUUCAGUGCGACCUAAGGAUGUGGAACAUUCUCCAGCGCAGCAGGAGGCUGUGGUAGAGCAUGAACAGACCACCGAGGAGCCAGAACCUUAUGCAGACCAACAGGAGGCUGAGGCUGAGCAUGAACAGACCACCGAGGAGCCAGAACCUUAUGCAGACCAACAGGAGGCUGAGGCUGA